AGAAUCCAAGCGCUCUUGUAAAAAAAAUUCACACAGCUAAUCGGUAGUAAUAAGUUACAUAUUAUCCCACUAUCUAAGGGAAAUAUUCGCGAAACUAAAGUACAAAUUUAUUCCGAACAGGAUUUUCGAAAUACCUGAAUGACACAAACACAAAAUUUUAUACAUACCAACUUAAAAGUGCAAAAGGUCUACAAAUUGUAAUUAAAGGUAUCGAACCAAGCGUUGAAGCUGUGGAAGUUUUGGAAGCACUUAAAGAACAAGGUUUCAAUCCAAAAGCUGCUGUGAAUAUUUUUAAUAGGAACAAAAUCCCUCAACCUAUGUUUAAAGUUGAGCUCGAGCCUGAAAACAAACCUCUGGGCAAAAACGAUGUGCAUCCAAUUUAUAAAUUGCAAUAUCUGCUGCACCGUAGGAUAACUGUGGAAGAACCGCAUAAGAGAAAUGGCCCUGUACAAUGCACCAACUGCCAGGAGUAUGGUCAUACUAGGUCUUACUGCACGCUUCGCUCAGUGUGCGUAGCUUGUGGAGAGCUACAUGUCUCUGCCACUUGCACAUCAAACAAAGAAGACCCGCGUGCAAAAAAUGUGGUAACUGCGGUGGAAAUCACACAGCAAACUACAGAGGCUGUCCAGUCUAUAAGGAGUUAAAAAACCGGAUCAACCAACGCGUGGCUUCCAUACGUACUCAUAAUGUACCGAAUGCCUUUGUACCCUCCCAAACGAAUCCUGACGUCUUAUUCGCCAAAAGAGCCACGUCGCCAACAGUUCUAUUAAACACCGUCAAUGGCGUCUCGUUUGCAAGUGCCUUAAAAUCAGGCUUAGAAAACCGUGCCCCUGCAAGAACUCAUGCGAAAUCAAAAUACGCUGCUCAACCUGCUUGCUACUCAGCAAACAAGAUAAUGACCUUACUUAAAAUAGCCCACUUGAAUGCAAAUGGCAUUCCUCACCACAAACUAGAGCUGUCAAAAUUUCUUAAGGACAAGGAAAUUGACAUAAUGCUCCUUGCUGAAACACACCUCACUAAUAGAUAUAAUUUUGGUAUUUCGGGAUAUACCUUUUAUUGCACGAAUCAUCCAGAUGGAAAGGCGCAUGGCGGAACUGGUAUUUUAGUCAGAAACCGGAUUAAACACCAUCAUUUGACUGGAAUUGCCGAGAAUUAUCUGCAAGCAACAUCAAUAUGCGUACAAACAAAGCAAGGUGAUAUUACGCUGUCCGCGGUUUAUUGUCCCCCACGUUUCACGAUAACAGAAAAACAGUUUAUGGAUUUCUUCAGUUCGCUGGGAGAGCGCUUCCUUGCUGCAGGUGAUUAUAAUGCGAAGCACCCUCACUGGGGCUCACGCUUGUCCAACCCGAAAAGCAAGCAAUUAUAUAACGCGCUUAUAUGUAGAAGAAACAAACUCGAUUACGCUUCUCCUGGAAAGCCUACAUAUUGGCCGGCAGACCCGCAAAAGUUGCCAGAUUUGAUUGACUUUGCGGUGACAAGGAAAAUUCCUCGCGGCCUUAUUAGUACAGAAUCAGUUGCAGAUCUCUCAUCAGACCACUCACCUGUACUUUUCACCUUGUGGCAUCAGCCGCAAGAAAGAGUCACCCUAUAUGCUCACGACAAGGGCUACAAAUUGGUUAAAGUAUAAAAAAUAUAUCAGUGCGCAUAUAGACGUCGAUCCAAAUUUAGAUACGCCGACCGAUAUUGAAAACUCCAUAGCCGCUCUUGAAUCUACACUUAGAGCAGCCGCUAGCAUUUCCACACCCCAGAAAGGUUAUGUGCAAAAUAAAAAAUAUAAUUUAA